UCGAUUUCUCAACUGUCCAAUUGUUCAUUCUUCAUAUUCAAACCACACACAAACAGAUCCCGGAUUCCGCCGUCAAACGCCAUCGUUUAGUCGUAACGAUGGCGUCGGUAGCCCUCACCGCCUCCGUCAACCUAGGGUUCAGGUCAUUCGCCACCUCAAACCACCGCAUAUCGUCCAAACAAUCUCCUCCGUUAAAUCUCAACAGAUCAAACAGUCAGCACCACCUCCGGUCAUCUUCUUCAUACACAUCAAAUCUUACUCCUCGCUUGCCGCUACUCAGCCUUAAAUCACCGAAGAGAAACCUGAAUUUCUCCGUACAAGCAUCUGCUGCUGUAGUUCCGGCUAAACAGGAUCCUGCUCCAGCGCCGGUGCCAUGGCAAGGAGCGGCGAUGAAACCUCUGCUUGCUUCAAUCGCUACCGGUGUUAUCCUCUGGUUCGUUCCGGUACCUACUGGAGUUUCUAAGAAUGCAUGGCAAUUGCUUUCGAUAUUUCUCGCAACUAUCGUUGGGAUCAUCACACAGCCUCUCCCACUCGGCGCUGUAGCGUUAAUGGGACUAGGUGCGUGCGUUCUCACCAAAACACUGACGUUUGCCGCUGCAUUUUCGGCUUUCGGUGAUCCGAUCCCUUGGUUAAUUGCUCUUGCCUUCUUCUUCGCCAGAGGAUUUAUCAAAACAGGAUUAGGAAACAGAAUUGCUUACCAAUUUGUCUCGUUAUUCGGUAGCUCAUCGUUAGGGCUAGGAUAUAGUUUGGUUUUCAGUGAGGCUUUGUUAGCACCAGCAAUUCCUUCAGUUUCCGCUAGAGCAGGAGGAAUUUUCUUGCCCUUGGUUAAGUCCUUAUGCGUUGCUUGUGGGAGUAAUGUAGGCGAUGGAACCGAGCAUAAGCUAGGUUCAUGGUUGAUGUUGACUUGUUUCCAGACGUCGGUUAUUAGCUCAUCUAUGUUCUUGACUGCAAUGGCUGCCAAUCCACUGAGUGCUAAUUUGACGUUUAACACCAUAAAGCAGACAAUCGGGUGGACCGAUUGGGCAACAGCUGCGAUCGUUCCUGGAAUGGUAUCAUUGAUUGUAGUCCCACUCAUUCUCUACUUAAUCUAUCCACCAUCUGUGAAAAGUAGCCCUGAUGCACCCAAGCUUGCGAAAGAGAGAUUGGAGAAAAUGGGGCCAAUGACAAAGAACGAAAUCAUCAUGGCAGGCACUUUGCUUCUUACGGUUGGGCUAUGGAUAUUUGGAGGAAUGCUGAAUGUUGAUGCUGUUACAGCUGCAAUUCUUGGACUAUCUGUUCUUCUUAUAACAGGAGUUGUGACAUGGAAAGAAUGCUUAGGUGAAUCUGUUGCUUGGGACACCCUUACAUGGUUUGCUGCACUCAUUGCAAUGGCAGGGUACCUCAACAAAUAUGGUCUCAUCUCCUGGUUCAGUCAAACCGUGGUCAAGUUUGUAGGUGGACUAGGUCUUCAAUGGCAAGCAUCUUUUGGGAUUCUAGUUCUUCUAUACUUCUACUCCCAUUACUUUUUCGCUAGUGGAGCUGCUCACAUUGGUGCCAUGUUCACCGCCUUCUUGUCAGUUGCCACUGCCCUUGGGACACCACCUCUGUUUGCAGCAAUGGUGUUGGCAUUUCUUUCCAACCUCAUGGGUGGGUUGACCCAUUAUGGAAUCGGGUGUCUGGUGGAAGUUCAUCGGCUUAUGGUAGUUAAAAAAAAGGUUAAAGAUGUUAUACAUCAUACAUGGCAUGAGGCCGAAUUAUAUUUCAAGUUUGAAUUUGUACUUUUAAAAUUUUGAUAUGUCACAUUAUGUAACUGCCUUGAGAGAAUUCUAGCAUGUUUUUGCAUUUCAUAUACUUGG